GUCAAACUCGAAUGUAAGGAUGUGAAAUACCUACAAACGUUCCGGGCAUCGAUAAUUAAUCAGCGAGAUCAGGAAUCCGUCAAAGAUAUGCUUGAUGAUGGGUGUAUUCGAUUGGUAAAAUUAUCAGGAAAAUCUCAAAUUCGGGGAGUUGAAGAUUUGUAUAAGUUAUCGUCUGAAGCGCAAAUGGAAAAUUUAAAUGAAGAGACUCUGGGUGCAUUCCAACCACCAUCAAAAAGGCUCAGAGAGGAUGAAUAUGAACAGCCACGAACUCCUGAGGAUAAGAUCCGAACUACCAGUGGAACAGAAAUGGAAGAAACUGAUAGCGAUUUAACGUACAAUGACGAAGAGCCCUCUGAAACUUUUUCGUCACAAAAAUCUUAUACACAUGCUACCAAAGUGGUGCUCGCGACCGUUAAUACUGUGUCUAUCGAUAAUAUCGAUAAUCGUCGUCUAACUGAAAAACAUAGCCGGGAUACAAAUAAUGAAGAGGAGGAAAUGCCAAAUAUUGAAGGAGUUACGUCUCCGCUAAAAAAGAUAAAAACCGCUGAUAGAGCAGAAAACAUGGACGGUUGCAAGGAAAAUCGAAUGCAGUCAACUUCAGAAAACUCUAUGAUUUCAUUGGAGACAGAUGAUGAAAUAGAUUAUAGUAAUCAUGAUAUAGAUCCAAACAUUGAGUCCGACUUAUUGGAGCAACAGAUACCUGUACAAAAUCACUCAAAGUACCCUGAUCAAGACAGUCAAGAUAAUAUUUGGUUAUUGCCUUCUAAAAAACCGAUUGAAGAAGUAAUUCGUGGACCUGGAAAUCUGCAUAAAUCACACCCAUCAUGUCUUGGUAUCAUACGUAUUGGUUCAAAGAUUCGUAAACCAGAGUGGAUUGAACAAAAAGAUUGGAAUUACUUACAAACUAGCAUUGAAUAUCCGAAUUACAAACUGACUUCUAAUGUAGAAAACCUCGUUAAAGAAUUAUUAGAGACUAACUCGUUAAUGGAGUAUAAGCAAUGUGUUUGUAAAGCCAAGUUUAAAAAUGAGAUCGAUAAGGAAAUGGAAUUU